AUGCCUCCCACCCGAGACCCUUUCCAGCAGCCUAUGCUGAAUAACGAUGAUUCCUACUUGGGGAAACCGAGGGCUUCCAAGAUACUGCCAUAUAAGAACCCAACUCACCUUGCUCAGCAACAGGAACCCUGGAAUCGGCUCAACUCAACUCCCACGAUCACCUCCAUGAGGCGGGAUGCUUAUUUUUUUGAACCUGAGAUACCAAAGGAUGAUCUGGAUUUCCGCUUAGCAGUCAUGUACAACCACCACACAGGGGCGUUCAAGAACAAAAGUGAGAUCCUAGUACACCAGGAGACCACUCGGGAUACCCAUGGGUAAGUGGUGGAGAUCCAUGGAGAAAUUUUACCCCCUCCUCCACCACCACCCAUCACUUCCCAAGCUAUUAAACACUGGAUCAGCCCUAAGAGGGAUUCCAUCCACAGCAUCCAGGGGUCCAUAGUGUCCCCUCACACUGCAGCCACCAAUAGAGGCUAUUCGCGAAAGAAUGAUGGUGGCUUCUUCUCCACCUAAUGACAGGCUCCUGGAUUAAUUAAUCAUAGUGGAACAUCCUGCUGCCCACCUCCAUUAAAAAGAAUUGUGCAAGAUGAAGCCUGAAGUAUCUUUUAA